CUCCGCUCCAAGAUGGCGGCGCCCAUGCGGAGGAGUUUCCGGUGGUUGAGGCCUUUCGGCGGGAGGAGGCCGCACGCAGCCUCGGGCCUCCCGCUCCUACUGGGCUCUAACCCCGCGGUGCUGGAGCGGGUCUCCCGGGAUGUGGAGCUGCGCCAGGAGUUCAUCAGCCCGGAGCAGGAGGCGGCGAUUCUCCGGGAGCUGGAACCGCGGCUCCAGAGGCAGCGAUACCAGCGGGAGCAUUGGGACCAGGUAAUCCAUGGAUACCGUGAGAUAGAAAAAGCACAUUGGACUGAGCAGAGUGAAUCUAUUGUGCAGCGGCUGCGGGAUAUUGCGUUUCCCCCAGGAGUCCCCCAGCUCUCAAUGGUACAUGUGCUGGACCUUGAGAAAACUGGUUUCAUCAAUCCCCAUGUGGACAGUGUGAAGUUCUGUGGGGAUACCAUUGCCGGGCUCUGCCUGUUAUCGGGGAGCGUGAUGCGUUUAUUGAGUGAAGACAAUGAUGCGGAUCGAGUAGAUUUACUGCUGGAGAGACGGUCUGUCUACAUCCUGAGGGGGGUUGCCCGUUACCGAUUCAGCCACCAGAUCCUGCGAGAUGAAGACUCGUUUUUUGGGGAACAGAAGGUGCCUCGUGGACGCAGAGUUUCCAUCAUUUGCAGGAGCUUGCCGCUCGGGCCAGUGUCAGACACAGGCUGAGGCAGAAUAGAUCCAUGGUCACCUGCACUGAUCCAAUAUUCUACAUAAAUGAAGCAAACACCAAGGGUUGUGCAUCUUGACCUUCCCUUGGCUUCUCUCUCUUUGUCUGUCCUUCCCUCUCCUUCAAUUACACACUGGAAUCAGGACUUUGUGAUAUCACAAUUUUUAUUUAGAUAAAUUCAAGCAUUGUGACAGCAGAACCUUUAAAAUAAAUAAAUAAUUUAGUUA